AUGAUUUUGGUAGAAAGGACAGUGGUUGCUGAGUGGUUAGCAGAAGUUGAUGCGAUAGUUGAAAUUGAUAAAACAGGUGUGAUCGAAAAUAUGCUUGAGGUCGGAAGUGCAAUUGAUGCUGAUAGACAAACGGUAAGAACAUUCGGUGCUGAUGGAUCAAUUGAAUUUAAGGCUGGUAGGAACUUAGAACUUGUGGAAGCAGCCGAAAAUUGA